CCCAUUUCUCAACACUGGAAAUCAGGGCACAUAUGAUGCAACAUCUUCGGUGACCCUUCUUUUGGUCUCAAUUAUUGAUCCAUUAUUGGUCGCCUUACGUUGAGUCAAUCGGGCAAGAUAUCUUUGCUUUGACUGCCGUGGUUCUGGUAUCAGAGCUCGCAUCGUUUGCAUCGUCGCAGCCAGAAGAUAACGUCCCAUCGCACGAUGCCAUUCCAUCCACGCCGACGACAUAAUAGCUCGUACACGUUCGCGAAUGCCACCGCGGCGUAGCGCAACGAUCUGAUACGAUGUUGCGCUAGCCCGUAUUUCAACGCUUUGCUUAGGCGCUCCCGAAGUCUCCCCAGAUCUUACACUCUUGCUCUUGACUGCCAAGGCUCGUCUUGUUGAAGAAGCCAAUCAUCCCAGUCGGGGAAAAUGCGACAACUAUUUUAACACCAUUCGGUCCGAUACGACCUUGAAUCUGACGGCGUUGCGUCCCAUAAACGGGUUUCCGUCACGGUGGAUUAUACCGAGGUGUCAAUUGAGCAUCAAGAUGAUAGCCAACAGGGGCUGAACGCGACGAUAGUUCACCAUUGCAACUGAGUCUGAGGUAUCAGAAACAAAAAUCACAGCAUGUACCGCCCACAACAAGACGGAUUUGGCCUGCGAAUCAAAAGAACUGCGUCGAGGGGGAAUCGAACCCCCGGCUCCCCGACGCUGCUGGAUGGCAACGGAGAAUUUUACCACUAAACCAUCGACGCUGGUUAAGCUUACUCAGCUUGUGAUCUCUUUCGCGAUUUUGCGCGCCUUCUUGUCUGCUCGGCGCUUGAUUGAUCGCGAAAAUCGUAUCUGCUCACGCAAGCCGCGAGCUUCGUGAGCGCCGACUGGACGUGUGGUGGGGUGUUUUCGAAUGAGGUCGAGAUAGACUCAGCAGCGGGGAUGGGCCAAACUUUGUUUCGUCAAAGCUCAGCGUCCUUGCCUCCGAGCUUGGCGGUUGGAGUGACCAAAGCCAAUGAAGACGUCUACACCGAGAAGUGGAGAAGUUCCGGAGCGGUGCCCGGGCGGCUGGGGCCACGGUCCAACCCCGGAUCCGGAGGCUGCGCUUCGACCGAGGCCGGCGGACGCAUCGCCGACAUCUCACGUAAUGAGGUUCCAUCCGGAGAUAGGAACUUGCGGCGCUCGGGGUCCUUCGGGGUCCUUUAGCAAGGUGGGCAUGACGAACGGGAAAUGACGAACUACAGACUCCCUGAAGCGAACACCACCGUCGAAACCGAAACCGAGCUGCGAGUCGAAUUACGGGGUGAACCGAGACCGAAGUUGAUGCUGUAAUCCACCAACCUUUCGACGCUGCAAUAUCUUGCAUCCGUAGAAAGACGCAGGAUGAGCACAUGAGCGUUUUUCGAUGCGGCUUCCACACCGGAGCGUUCGGCUGAUUCGUUCUGGGGUGCGAUGUCAGGGGAGCUUGGUCGGCUUCAAUAGCUUCUACUGAAGAGUUGCGGCUAUGUUCGUAGGGGGGCAAUAGCGAGAAGACCUUGAGCCGAGUUUCCCCUUUUCUCGGCGCAGCAGAGUUCUGAAUGAUGGCAGUCUGUUCUGCUCUAUAUAAGCCAACAUGCAGCGAUCCUCGAAACAUCCAGGUUGAUCUACGAAACAGCUUCUUGUCUCAAGAGACUCUAUCUUAACACGCUUCACGAUCAUUUACACUACGUCAUGAAGCUUACAAAAGCUUGUCUGUUGGCUGCAGCUGCUGUUUCGGCAUCUACCUGCUCUGCAGAGACAACCACCGGAGAUCGGGUCAUUCAACUCGGCAAAGACUUCUAUAAUGGCACGACCAAGGUCCAGUUCACCACAGAAGCUCUUGGAGAAGCAGACUUCUUCAAGAUCGACCCGGGCCCGAACGCAACUACCUUUGACUCGUGGUACUUUGACGCGAUGAACCCUUCGACUAACGAGACCGUCGUCUUCAACUUUGAGAUCCAGAGACCGACCGAUAACGGCGCGGAUGUCGGCACCACGCAGUACCACGUCUCCCUGUUCGGGUCCUUUGCGAACGGCACUGCCUUCAGCUACGGAGUCAACUCCGAGUACGCCAACAUCACCGAGCGGGCGGACAAGAGCAUGCGCGUCGACUUUUUCGGCGGCAGCGAGGUCAGCUGGUCGGGCUCGAGCUUGCUGCAGCCGAGACCGGUGUAUAACGUAACCAUCAACUCUCCCGAGACUGGUAUCUAUGGAAGUCUCAUCUUGCGAGGCAACACCGUUGCCCCUCACUAUACCUGCGGCACCGACGCAGCCGGCGUAAACGAGAAGAACGUCGAAGGCGUAGCCUGGGCCAACGCCCUCCCCGACGCCGAAGCCACAGUCGACCUCACGCUCGGCGACACGGCAAUGUCCUUCUCCGGCUACGGCUACCACGACAAAACCUGGGUCGACCGCCCCUUCCAAGAAGCAAUCCAAGCCGCCUUUUGGGGUCAUGCCCGUCUGGGUCCAUAUGCCGUCGUCUGGUGGCACUCGCACGCGCAGGACGGCACCGAGAUCAGCUCCGAGUACCUCGCGACCUACGAGGACGGCCACGUGAUUGCGUCGCGAUGCGUUGACCGCUUGAAUAAUACGCUGGGAUGGGGUGAGGGGCAGAUUUGGCCGCUUGUGCCUGGGACGCCGGCGCCUGCUGGGAUGAUUAUGCGAUGGGACUUGGGUGAUGCCGGAGUGUUUGUGGCGAAUAUUACGAGCAAGGAUAUCUUUGUCACGAUACCUUUCUGGCAGGCUGGUAGGGGACCUGUUUCUGGAGGGUUUGUUGGUGGGGAGCAGUAUACGGAUGAGACUGGGCUGUGGUCUCUCAACCAGCUUCCCAAGUUGUAGCAAAGUUGGUCUUGUAUCGGCUGC